GUCAUCAAUCAAUCAUUGUAUUGACCGAGGGUUGCGUUCGGUCUCAGGAUGAUGCUUUUGUCCAUUGGCUGCUGACAGAACCAGCUCACUUGGCAUUCAUCCUUGAAUAGCCCACAAGGGGUCCAUAUCGAGGCGUGUGUGUGUUACAGAGGGCACCCCGCCAUGUCUCUUAUCUCGGCAUUCCGACCACGAUCCACGCGUAGUUCAUCUGUUCGGCACAGAUCCCCUUUAAGGCGGAGGAAGAACAAGAAGCGAAGUGACUCAGAAACAGAUGCACCGGAGGACUAUGCCCACUCCAUAAUCACUCCGUCCAAACAUACCCCGAAACCAUUCCGAGUGCUGCGAGGUUCAGUGGCUGCCGGCGGUCCUCUAAGACCUUUCAGGCUGGUGAAGCAGGAUAUCAUCAAUAUUCGCCGUCGAUAUAAAUCCGACUGGACUAUUUUCAACCAACUGAUCUUUGCCAGUGCCGUGUACGUCUUCUUCACGAAUCUCUUACCCGGCAUCACGUUCGCGAGCGAUUUGUAUGUCUUGACCGGGAAGAGCUGGGGAACUAUCGAAGUCGUAUUCAGCACAGGACUUUGUGGCAUUAUAUUCUCUCUAUUCUCUAUCCAGCCCUUGACUAUCCUUGGUGUCACCGGACCUUUUUCCGUGCUAGCUGAGAACAUAUACAAGCUUUGCGAUGAAGCAUUCAAGAUACCAUUUUUGCCUUUCAUGGCCUGGUCACUGAUCCAUUCCGCCUGGCUGCAUUAUAUCUUAGCCAUUAUCAAUGCCCACGAUUGGACGAUGCGAUACGUGACCACAUUCGCCACAGAAAUAUUUUCUUUGCUGAACAGUGUCAUCUACUUCCACAAAGCCAUCCAAGAGCUGGAAAGAGCACACUCAGACCUCUCAUUCGCAGCCUUCCUGUACGCCGUAAUUGGUGCGGUGGGAACAAUGCUCCUCGCCAUAUUCCUCUCCACAGCGGAAAGCUGGCAACCACUGUUUCAUCGCUACGUCCGACUCAUUCUGACCGAAUACGCGGCUGCGAUAUCCAUCAUCCUUUUCAUUGGCCUGCCAUACGUAGGCGAGCUGGCCCAGCUGGACAAUAUGACUCUUCCAGUCAGUGAGACCUUCAGACCAACAUCCCCGGAUCGAGAUAGAUUUUUUGUGGAGUUCUGGAAGUUACCAGUCCCAUGGAUAUUCGGCGCUAUAGUCCCUGGAAUCAUCAUUACCAUCUUAUUCUUCUUUGACCACGAGGUGAGCUCUAUUAUUUGCACGAUUGAUCGAUACGGGACUCGGAAACCUGGCGGCUUCGCGUGGGAUAUCAUCUUACUGGGUACUACGACUGCUAUUUGUGGGAUUUUGGGGAUACCACCUUCCAAUGGACUACUACCGCAGGCACCACUACACUCGGAGUCCUUGAUGCAUACAGAGCAAGAAACCUCAACGAUUAUCGUAGAUGGCGAGGAAAAGACUCAGAAUUGUGAGGUGAAGCGCGUGUAUGAGCAGCGCUGGUCCGUAUUUCUGCACGCAGGGGCUAUUUUUGCAUUUGUUAGCCCGCCGUUGAUGAAGGUUCUGGGAUUAACGCCGACGAGUGUACUUGCAGGCCUGUUCAUGUUUAUGGGAGAGCAGAGCUUAUCAGUCAACCCUAUCCUAUACCGCACAUUCUACCUCCUCACACCACCAUCCGAACUCCCACCACUGCCUGCAGCUCUGUCAAAGAAAGAAAACAGAGAUACAAACGACAAUACAACCAUGCGAAAACCCUCAUACAUCCCCAUCCACAUUUACACAAUCUUUCAGAUUGCCAUAACUGUCGCGAUCUUCAUCGUGACGUUGACGCAAGCUGCGCCGGCUUUCCCGGUUCUGAUUAUCCUCCUCGUGCCAUUUCGGUUAUUUGUCAUGAAGCGCUGGUGGCCACGGGAGGUUCUGAGAUUCGUUGAUGCAUGGGCUUGUAGGGAGGGGACGCCGGAGGAUGAUGAGGAUGAGCGGGAAAAGAGGGAUAAACCGCAUGAAGAAGAUAUGGGUGCUAGAAAUGGAGGUGAUGUGUUAUUCCCCGCUAUCCCUGGGGAUAGUCGAAAUGAGAUGUUCACUGCUGGAGCGUCACCUAAGUAUGACAGAUUAUCUCAUGAGACACGGGCAACGGGAAGCGAUGAUGCUGAUCACGAUUGGAUCGAACUUGAUGCUUAUCCACAGGCGGACGAGGAGAUUGGAAGAAAGGGCAGGUAACCAACGAUGUGUUUAGAUUGUAGUGGUAUGCAAUGUAAAUGAUUCCUACAUGGGUAUCAAAAAUCUAAGCCUUUGCGC